UGCAAAAAAAAAAAAAAAACCCAUAAAGAAGUCAAGUCAAUGCGUAGUGAUAAUAAAAUGUGAAAUAAAAAUUAUUUAAACAUUUUUAUUAAACACACACACGCACGCACACAGAUGCAUUGUUAACUUCUCAUGGCUGUAUGAAAGGAUCCGGCCUGAUUUAACUUUUUAAGUAAGAGAGAAUAAUCAAGUGUUUUGCACGUGAAAGGCCCCCGUUUCCCCCGCGUGCUUCCCUCCCGCGUGCGCCCCAUUGUCCCCGCGCGCAGGCGAAAAGAAAACAUUUGAAGUUUCUUUUUAGACCAACAAAAGAGCCACAUGUCAUUGAAGUCAGUGUGUGUGUGCGUAUGUGUGUGUGAGAGGGAGAGAGAAUAGUUAAUACAACACUGUGGUAGUUAAUAGGUCAAUAUAAUCCUAUAAGUGAACAGUUGUACAUUUAAACAGUUUUCUUUCUCGUUGGUGCAUGUGUCUGUGAUAUUAUAUAGGCUAUGCAUAUUGUUGCAUUUUGUAAGAUGCAUGGACUAAAAAUACACAAGUAGUAUAAGCUAUUUAAUUGUUCCUUUUAAUAGUAUUACGGUCCACUGAACAUUUAAUAUAUAUUUGUAGGGUUAGUUUAUAUAAAUUAUAUCAACCCAAUUUGUAAACGUCUUUUAAAAUACCUUAAUUCACUCUUAAAUACAAAGUGUAUUCACCUUUUCUGCGCUAUAACUACAUGAAUUAAAUUAUACGAGCACUUAGUCAGUUGCUUGAAACAGACACACUUCAUUCUCGUUUUUAAAAAGUUGCUACAUGUCUUCGAGUCAGCCUUCUGCAUGUCUGAAAGAAAAAGUUCACUGCUUUGACCAAUCAGCGUUCGGUUACAAGAUCCUGCGGACCAAUCAGAACGCGCCAUUCGCGUUGUAGACUAGGAGGCAUCUGCAAACUCUUAAACGUCUCAGUAGUUUGAGAAGAAGCGCUCGAGCUUAACGAAUGUUAAAAACAAUAAUGAUGAUAAUUCUUGUCACAUCAAUUCGAGCUAGUAAUGUGAACAACUAAAGAUCACAAAGACGUGAGAGAAGACGAGCGUAACUCUGAUUGCUUUUUUAUUUUAUCCUCGACUUUUUCCUUGGCGGAUACAAACCUGUGGAACUUUAUUUUGUUUUGUUUUUAUCGUGAAAUAUUUCUCUUCAUUUAGCUACAAAGCUGUGCUGGUCUGUGCGUUUGUAUGGUUUAGUUCUCGUUCCCAGGAUGAUGCGUCCAUCUCUCUCUCACAGCUAUGUCAGCGGAUUCCCAAUGGAGGUUUCCACUCCAAUGGGCCAGGGUCGAGUCAACCAGCUCGGAGGAGUUUUCAUCAACGGUCGGCCUUUACCGAAUCACAUUCGACACAAGAUAGUGGAGAUGGCGCAUCACGGGAUCCGACCGUGCAUGAUAUCCCGCCAGCUCAGAGUCUCUCACGGCUGCGUCUCCAAAAUCCUGUGCCGCUAUCAGGAGACCGGAUCCAUUCGGCCCGGAGCUGUCGGCGGUACGAAAACCAAGACUUCAUCUCCAGUGGUGGAGAAGCGCAUUGAGGAAUAUAAACGGGAUAAUCCAGGAAUAUUCAGUUGGGAAAUCCGGGAUAAAUUGCUUAAAGAGGGAAUUUGUGACCGAAACAAUGUACCAUCAGUGAGUUCAAUAAGCCGCUUUGAGAGGAAAUAUGGCGCAAAAGGUGAGGAUGAGGAUGAAGAGGAAAAGUGCGAGCAAGAAGAGCACGCGCACAGGAGAGGACACAGCAUCGAGGGGAUUCUGGCAGACAGAUCGAGUCUGUCUGGUGAAGGAUCAGACGUGGAGUCAGAACCUGACCUGCCGCUGAGAAGAAAACAACGACGCAGUCGCACAACCUUCACCGUAGAACAACUGGAGGAGCUGGAGAGAGCCUUUGAACGCACGCACUAUCCAGAUAUCUACACCAGAGAAGAGCUCGCACAGAGAGCUAAACUCACAGAGGCACGAGUACAGGUGUGGUUCAGUAACAGACGAGCUCGUUGGAGGAAACAAGCGGGAGCCAAUCAGCUCAUGGCAUUUAAUCACCUGAUUCCUGCUGGUUUUUCCCACCCGGCGAUGUCCAGUCUGUCCCCGUAUCCGCUGUCAGAGAGCCCGUACUCACCUGCUGGCCUUUCUCAAGAUUCAAGUACUGUUCACAGACCGCAGCCCCUUCCACCAUCUUCAAACCAUCAGAGUUCUGGAGGGGCGGGGCAAGAGGGCGGGGCUUCUUACUGUCUCUCCAGUCGACACGGUUACGCGGGAUACUCAGAGAGCUUUGGACCACAUAACAGUCCCACGAACUCUACCAUUCAUAAUGGACUAUCUUCCCAGGUUAUGGGACUGAUAGCACCAGGCGGAGUUCCACAUCAGACCCAGACCGAGUUUUCUCUAUCCUCUCUGGAGUCGGGCACUUCCCCUACCGCUACCUGUUCCCAGCGUGUUGAAGCUCUGUCUUACGGCCCACCGUCCUUCUACAGCAUGGAGCACAGCGCCCCCUACCACUACACCCAGUAUGGACAAAAUUCCUUUCAUUAUCUGAGACCUGAAAUCGCCUGAAGUCAUCCAGAGUCGGAUGUUUUCUCACCUCUCUGACAAACGUGGAUUUGAGAAAAACUAGAGGUACAGGAGUGUAAAAAUACGGCAUUACAAAUGUCUGAUUUUGUUAUUACAAAUACCUGGAAAAUGCUGACAUACUUUAAAUACCUGGAUCAGAAGAAUUACACAUUUUUCUAAAACAUUCCUUUAAACUGUUCAACGAAAAUCUUUCACACAACAAGAUAUACUGAAUAAAAACCAAAAGAUUUUGAUAAAAUGUUUAAAAAGAUAAUUUCAUGAAAUCGACAUUUUUUGAUAUGUUGAAGUGCAAUAUUAGAGCUAGAAACAUUUCCAGACGUUUGAUCUUCAGGAUCAGCGGUCAUCAUCAUGAAACAUGAUCGUGCACGACGGCAAAUGAAGGCGCUGGACUGGAAACAUCUUUCUCUGCUCAUAUGUUGUAAAUAAAAGACAAAUGUUUGUAUGAGGACAACGAGUCAGUCAGAGUGUUUUCAUACAGCUUUGUUUUGCAGCACAUUCCCUAUUGUUUAAGGGAUGUUUUUGCUUUCAUAAAUAAAGACAAUGGAAAAAUUCAUGGAAGCACAUUUUCAAGUGACGUUGAAACCAUUUUAAAUAUGUUACUUUUUUCAUAAACCUUGUUCCACAGUUGCGUAAAUGUUAUUUGUGGGUGUAGACAGGUGGCACAAUGUGACUUUUUUUUUAUAUAUAUGUUUUUAUAAUGGUUUGAUAUUUUCUGGUAUGCGUAAAAUUGCAAUUGCUUGCUUUCAACACAACACCCUACAAAAACCGUUUUGUUGGUUUUCUUCAGCUGUACCUAUAGCCAUCAGAAAUUCAAGCAAGAACACGACUCAAAAUGUUUGAAUUAAUUUAUUUUGUGUACUUGUGUGUGUAUAUUUGUAUCAGAUAUUUUUCUUAAUAAAAGAAUUGUAUGAAAA